GGCUACAUCUAAAUGAUCGAGAAAAAACAUUCGUAAACAGUUUAAUCAAGAGAAGAAAAACGGGAAACAUUAAGAUGGAUAAUGCCAAAGACAGUUCAGCGAGCAGUCAGGACGCGGCCCGUGUCACCACCUCGGAUUACUGCGCAAAGUUGCAAGAGUGGAUGUGGCAGUAUUAUUACGGAUAUGUAAAUUGGCAAAACUGGAUGGCUAUUUCUACAUUUUCUUUUCCUCCCUGUUUUCCAGCUCCGGCAACAAAUCAAACCCAGAGUACAUCUAUGAUGGGGUUAGAUACAUCCAGUGUAGACAUUCGGAACUGGUACAGCAGUCCAUUUCUAUUAUCUGUUCCCCCGUUUGUCCCCUCUGCCGCUGCAGGUAAUGUGAGUCAGGCUGGGGAAGCAGCUGGUCAGAGUUCACCCACUGCCGUUGCAGGGCCCGUGCAACAAACACCUGGUCCACCGCAGCGACAGCAGCAAAAUGGAAACGUACAACAACCAGGGCGGGAGUAUUCCAUACCUUCUCCUUUUCAACGAUUCUUGGCCGAAAUGGUGGAUUUCUUUAUCCUUUUCUUCAUAAAGGCAACCAUAAUUAUCAGCAUAAUGCACUUGAGUGGAAUGAAGGAUGUAUCAAAAUUUGCCAUGCAUUUCAUUGUGGAGGAAAUCGACGAAGACACAUCCAUGGAAGAACUGCAGAAGAUGAUGCUAGUAGCCCUUGUAUACAGGAUACUUGUGUGCUUCUAUGAGAUCAUAUGCAUAUGGGGAGCAGGUGGAGCGACUCCAGGGAAGUUCCUGAUUGGCUUACGGGUAGUCACAUGUGACACUUCAGUUCUUGUACAACCCAACCGGGUUCUUGUUGUACCAGCAACUAAUGUCACACUCUCUGCGUCGACAGUACGAGCCUUGAACAAAAAUUUUUCCAUUGCCUUCUUCUUCCCAGCGUUCAUCACGCUUCUGUUCUUCCAGCACAACCGGACUGUGUAUGAUAUUGUGGCUGGCACUAUCGUGGUGAAAAGGAAUAGGGUCAGAUGACCUUUCCAUUUUGGCCAUUGCUGAAGCUAGCAUUGCAGUAUGCAAGCACAAACUCAUAGACCAGAAGGCUGACCAAAGCAAGGUCACAUGGAUGAGAGAUAAUUAAUGCACGCCAACGGAACGCGGAACCUGUUCGCCUAGGUAACAGAGGAAGAGAAGAAUUCUCAAAGAAUUCUUAAAAUGGAUGAAAAUUCUGUUAGCCAAAAGAAGUGGCUCAUUUGUGUUCAUACAGAAACAGGAGAACAUCUGACAUGUUGUAUUAAAAAGGUAUAGGUGCCAUCUCAAGUUUCU